AUGGGCGAUCUCGACAUUGCUUUUGCCAAUGGUCCCUGGCCACCAAUAACAAAGCGCGAAUGUCGUGUGCUUAUUCUGGAUUCUUCAUUCAACCCACCGACAAGAGCUCAUGAAGCUCUUUUAGCCACAGCCGUCCAGCAGUUUGCUCCCGAUUAUUUUGACGCAAAAAUACUGCUAUUUUCCACCAGCAACGCUGACAAACAGUUGACCGGAGCCUCGGUUGAGCAACGAACUCAUAUGAUGGAGUUGCUUGCGCAAAAAUUAGGCUACGAGUGUUUGGCGGUGGGGUUGACAAAGCAUGCCAAGUUUGUGGAUAAAGCUGUAGCGGUUGAACGUUAUUUCCAGCACCACGGAUUGCAGGAAGUGGAAAUGUACUUUAUUCUUGGCUAUGACACUGUGACACGAUUCUUGGAUCCCAAGUACUAUGCCCCUCUGACAGUGGCGGAAGCACUCGAGCCGUUUUUCGCACGGAGUCGCUUGAUUUGCGCCGACCGAGCCGGAUUUGAUGAACAACUGGUCAACGCGUUUUGGACAGGCGACAAAGUGAAGCCGUACCUCGACCGGAUAUUGCGAAUGAGUAUCGAUCCGGCCGCCGCCUCCCUUUCAAGCACACGCCUUCGAACCCUGGUGAAGGAAAAGGCCCCUCAAAAUCUAUUGACACAGAUAGUAGACGACAAUGUGGCGGACUACAUUGUCAAGGAACAUCUUUACUCAGCGUAG